GCAUACAACAUUGAACAAUAAUGUGUGCUGAGAGACAAUAGUAUUAAUAAGUGAAAAACAAACAAAAAAGUGAAUCAGAACACACGCACACAUACACAAAGCAAAGCAUAUACUGGCACACACGUACAUACACCUGCAACCCGCAACACCCGCUCGCUCUAAAACCAGAAAUAAGUGCAAGUGAAGCAGCAGCGACGGCCACAAACAGACAGCAGAAGCAAUUGGGGAAAAAUAGCUGCAGCAAAGCAGAAAGAAAGGGAACAAACGUGACAACGAGAAGCAAAAGUGGAAGUGCAGCUCCACCCCCAAUUUGGUACUGCAGCAGCAGCAGCAACAGCAGCAACAGCAACAACAACAUCAACAACAUCAACAACAUCAGUCACAUUCGAGCCAUGGCGCAGCUCUAUCAACAAUAAAACAACAACAGCAACGAGGCGCACGCUUCGCUGCCCUCGCGACAGCAUUUCAAGCUUCGUCGGCGCUGCGCUGCGUUUGGAAAUAAUUAGACUCCACUUUAGUAGCAAUUUUCUGGCAGCAGCAGCAGCAACAACAAGAACAAAACAGAAACGAAAAAAUCGAACACAAAAAUUAAUUAAUUUUAUACAUCCAAAAUGGAGCUGAAAGUUUGGGUUGAGGGCAUACAGCGUAUUGUUUGUGGUGUAACGGUAAACACGACCUGCCAGGAUGUCGUUUUUGCCUUGGCUCAUGCCACAGGCAAAGUGGGGCGUUUUACGCUAAUCGAACGCUGGCGUAAUAAUGAGCGACAUCUCGCGCCCAAUGAGAAUCCGAUGAAGCUACUGCUCAAAUGGGGCGAGUAUGCAAAUGAUGUGCAAUUUAUAUUGCAGCGAUCCGAGAACAAGCAACAACAACAGCAGCAGCAGCCCACGCCACAACAACAACAACAGCAGCAACAACAGCAACAUCAGCAGCAGACGCAGCCUAAUAACAACUAUGCAGUCAUGACUACAAAAAAGCCGCUGGGCCCCAGCAAUAACAACAACAGUAUUGAGAGCAAAUUGCCACCGCCGCCACCAUUACAGAAACAAAAGUCGAGCGUAGAACUGGGAUAUCGAACAAAAGAGCUGAAAAAAAGUUUUGGCGGCUAUGAUGCCAAACAAUUUGACAACAUUGGCAUAGUUAAAGGCAUACCACAGCAGCAUCAGCAGCAGCAACAACAACAACAGCAGCAGCAACAACUGCUGCCGCAAUGCAACAAAGCGGUGCCAUUACUGCCCAAGCAUGAGAAAUCUCUCUCAAAUCCAUUGGACAUGAGCAGCAGUAGCAGCAGCAAUGCGAACGCUUCGAAUGAUUAUACCGAUUUCUACAACAAUAAUAACAACAACAACAACAUCAAUGCCAACAACAACAACAAUCAACACAUUUACAGUCAGCUGAGCAAAUCCAGCAAUGAACUGCGACGCGCUAGUCCGAAUGAAUAUAUCAAUAGCAACAACAACAAUAACAGCAACGAGCAUCUAUGCGAUAUUUAUGUCAAUAGCAACAUUAGCAGCAACAACAACAACAAUAACAACUCACCAGAGCUGUACAAGCAAACGCCCACAAUUUCAUCAAAUGGUGCUUUGGUGCCACCGCCUUAUCGUGAUCCUCCGCCACCUCGCAACAGUCCCAUGUGCCAGAUGCCACGCUUGCCACCCAGCAGCAGCGCUGCUGAGACCAUAUCCAAUGCAUCCUCUACAACAAAUCCAUUUCUCAGCGACUACGAGGCGCACAACAACAACAACAACAAUAAUAAUAAUAACAAUGCGAGUAAUCAGUGCAUGGAUGAGGGCGAGAGCAUGUUUCAGGCCACGCAAUAUAAUGAUCUGUUGCAGUUGAUCAAGUUUCAGCGAGAGAAAAUUACCGCACAACAAUUGGAGCUACAAAAGUUUGAUACGGAAAUCGUUUUUCUGGAGAGCAGAGAGCGUGAUCAUGCGAUUGAGUUGGAAGUCAUAUCAAGAGAAAUAUCCAAAGCGGAUCAAAUAUUUCGUCAAGGCAGCGAACAGUUGCAGACAUUGCAGUACGUUGAGGAAGAGAACGAACUGGUCAAGCAGCAGGAGAAGACACUUAAGUCAGAAAUCGCAUUGCUACGCUCCAAGCUGGCCAACUGCGAGACGGAACUGCUGCAGUGCAAGAAUAAAAUGCGUCUGCUGAUGGACGACAUUGAGCUGGAGCAGCAACAGCAGAACAACAGACAAACUGUGGAACGUGACUUCCUUAUGGAAAUGGAGCGCAUACAAAGUGAUAUUGAUCAGGCACUGCACAACACGGACACAUCGAACAAAACUGCUGAUAAUCUCAAAAAGGAGUUGCUCAUGAUAGAACAUGCUAUUGCCGACAAGAAGCGACAGGUGGAGCAGCUUGUCAACGAAAUGAAAGAGGUAAAUCUACAAAGCCUGACCGUAACCACCACCGAGGAGAUCAAGCAUCUGCUUGAAGGGCCCAAUAAACAGGGCAGUAGUCGUCGCAUUAUCGGCUCUCCGCGACAGCUGGAGACGGCAGUGCCCACCAGCAAGAACCCUCACGGCGUUUGGGUUUAAGGGACAGCAUAACAUUUAAAUGCAACGAAAUAUUUUUUACACUCAAACAAUUUGGGGGAACAAAAGACAAAAGAUAAGGAAAUGAUUUACAUAUCUAGUAUGCAUACUGCGCGAACUCUAAAUAUAUAUUUAUAUAUAUAUAUCACAAUAUUUGCAAAGGACACAAAUUUACAACGAUAAAGUGCAUAUUUUUCUUCUAAAA